GUUUUGUUGAGGAUGUAAUAAAGUUUUGUUGAAGUAGUGUAAACAAUAUGGCGGCGUCCAUGUACAGGGUGACAGGGUUAUUUUGUAGGAUUAAUGGCAUCAUUCAGACAAAAAGAAGCCUAUCUGUUUCCCAAACGUUGGUCCAGAAGAUUACAGAUUCCUUGUGGAAAUUGGGACGGCUCAAUCAUGUUGCCAUUGCAGUCCCUGACUUAGAAAAGGCCAAGUCUAUGUAUCAGAAUGUGUUGGGAGCCCAAGUGAGUGAGACGGUCCCUCUUCCUGAACACGGAGUGUACACAGUGUUUGUAGAACUUGGAAACACAAAGCUGGAACUUCUGCAUCCCCUGGGACAGAACAGCCCAAUCUCUGGCUUCCUGCAGAAGAACAAGGCUGGUGGAAUGCAUCAUAUAUGCAUUGAGGUGGAUGAUAUUAAAGAAGCAAUGUCCGAUCUGAGAAAGAAAAACAUUCGGCUUCUAAGUGAAGAGCCUAAAAUAGGUGCCCAUGGAAAGCCAGUUGUCUUCCUGCACCCAAAAGACUGUGACGGUGUCCUGGUGGAGCUUGAACAAGCGUAGUGCUCAGGGUCGUAUUAAAUCCAUGGAAUUAAAGAAAGUAAGGUCAAUUGUGGAUCUUCAGAAAGUUUGACUACACUUAAAUUAUGAUCAUUCUCUGUGAUUUGUCUUCAUGUACGUAAACUGAUUGUCUAGCAUAUGAAUUAAAAAUGUUCUACUUUCCUUAGCUUUGUAAAUAAUUAAAGCAAUGACUAAUUAA